AUAUGGUGAGUGUGUUUGCCUGCAGGAGGAUCUGUCUGAGCCGUUACUGGAGGAGGAUCUGGAUGGAGGUUCAGGAGUGAUUUUCCCCUUUUAUGACGCUGACACACACAUGCUGUAUCUGGCUGGGAAGGGCGACGGCAACAUUCGCUAUUACACGGUCAGUGCAGUGAAACCCUAUGCUCACUUGCUGUCUGAAUACCGCUCCGCGUCCCCUCAGAGAGGCUUGGGUGUGAUGCCCAAACGCGGUCUGAACACCAGCGCCUGUGAGAUCUUCAGAUUCUACCGGCUGGUGGCUGUCAGAGACCUGCUGGAGCCGCUGAGCUUCUGUGUGCCGCGCAAGCAGUCUGAGGGUUUUCAUGAGGAUAUUUACCCCCUGACCGCAGCCAAUGAGCCGGCCAUGACCGCAGACGAGUGGCUGAUGGGACAGAAUAAAG